AUGGAUCGCCGCGACGAAGCAGGGCAAAGCCGGGAGGGCCUUCUCCGCUCGUACAAACGUGGAGAGAGCAUCCCAAUGCGCAAAUCUCUUGAAGAAGCCUACCGCUCCGACAGCGAAUCCGAUCUAGACGCCACGGAAUUUCUGGACAGCGAACCCCUCGAUACCAGUUCGAAGCCUCCUCCCCCCGCACACCAGCCAGCUACGUGGCUGCGAACUCUGCAAAAUAUAUGUGCUCGACGGUCGAAAUGUAUUCUUAUGAUCAUUUUCGUUCUCAUCAUCUUUUGGAUGAUACUGGGAGGUGGGGGUUUGUUUCUAUACAAACAGAAGCCAGUGGAUGGAGAAUCUCCGCCAUGGUAUCCGACACCCCCCGGAGGGACUGUGGCACAAUGGAGCGAGAGUUAUAAUAAGGCUGCGGAGCUGGUCAAGAAGAUGACUCUGGCGGAGAAAGUGAACGUUACAACUGGCACUGGGUGGCAGAUGGGACUGGCUGUUGGAAAUACUGGUCCCGCAAUCCAUGUUGGAUUCCCGGGAUUGGCAUUGCAAGAUGGUCCUCUUGGACUGAGAUUCGCCGACAAUGCCACAGCGUUCCCGGCUGGAAUCACGGUGGGUGCGACUUGGAAUAAGGAGCUCAUGUAUCUAAGAGGCAGGGCACAUGGGAAGGAGGCACGUUUAAAGGGGAUCAAUGUCUUGUUAGGACCAUGCGUAGGACCCCUUGGAAGAAUGCCAGCUGGAGGGCGAAACUGGGAGGGCUUUGGUACCGACCCAGUCCUGCAAGGCAUUGCUGCUGCUCAAACAAUUAAGGGUAUCCAGGAGGAGGGUGUUAUGGCUACGAUCAAACAUUUUAUUGGGAAUGAACAAGAGCAUUUCAGACAGAGCUGGGAGUGGGGCUUGCCGAAUGCUAUGUCAUCGAAUAUUGACGAUAGGACCCUCCAUGAGAUGUACGGAUGGCCGUUCCAAGACUCAGUGAAGGCAGGAGUUGCCAGCGUCAUGUGCAGCUACCAGAUGCUCAAUAAUUCAUACUCCUGCGGAAACUCGAAACUGCUAAAUGGCAUCUUAAAGGAUGAGUUAGGCUUCCAAGGCUUUGUUCAAUCAGACUGGCUUGCUCAACGGUCCGGCGUUGGAAGCGCGCUGGCGGGUUUGGAUAUGACCAUGCCUGGGGAUGGUUUGAAAUGGGCAUCCGGGAAGUCACUUUGGGGCCCUGAGAUGAGCAAGGCAGUUUUGAAUGGAUCUUUACCAAUCGAAAGGCUCAAUGACAUGGUGACAAGGGUUGUCGCCGCGUGGUAUCAGCUAGGCCAGGACGACAAAUCGAAAUUUGAUGGACAAGGCCCUAACUUUUCAUCAUGGACAAAUGAUAAAAUGGGUGUCAUCAAUGCCGGAAGUCCUGAUGAUAAAGACACAAAAGUCGUCAAUAAGUUUAUCAAUGUCCAAGGAAGUGGCGAAGAUGCACAUUCAAUCAUUGCACGACAAGUUGCUGUCGAAGGCUCAGUAUUGUUGAAAAAUAAAGACAACGUUUUGCCCUUAAGCAAGGACGGCUGGCCGUCUGACCAGGGUCACGAAAUUAACAUGCGAAUUGGGAUUUUUGGAGAAGAUUCAGGAGAGGGUAAUGGUCCCAAUGCUUGUCCCGAUCGAGGGUGUAACCAAGGCACACUUGGUUCUGGUUGGGGCUCUGGUGCCGUCGAGUUUCCUUACUUGAUUUCACCGGCGGCUGCUCUCAAGGAAGCUUUCAACAAAGACCGUGUCUAUGUGACAGACUACCCAACAAACUCGCCGCCUUUUAAGAGCACACCUGUUAUUCUUAAAGACCAGGAUAUCUGCAUUGUUUUUGCCAAUUCCGACGGCGGCGAAGGAUAUAUUGCGUCUGAAGGUAUCAGUGGUGAUAGAAAUGACUUAUAUCUUCAACACAACGGCGACAAUCUCAUCACAGAAGUCUCAGAAGGCUGUGGCGAUGGACGAGGUAGCACAAUUGUUGUGAUCCAUUCAGUUGGGCCUGUCAUUCUUGACAAGUGGAUCAACCUUCCUGGUAUCAAAGCGGUGAUUAUGGCCAACCUUCCUGGUCAAGAGAGCGGCAAUGCAAUUGCAGAUAUCCUCCUCGGGAAAGUCAACCCCAGCGGCAAGCUUCCCUACACGAUCGGUAAAUCACUAGAUGAUUACGGCCCAGGAGCUAAGAUAUUAUAUCAUGCCAACGGCGUAAUACCGCAACAAACGUUCUCUGAGGGAUUAUACAUUGAUUACCGACACUUUGACAAAUUUGGCGUGGAACCAACCUAUGAAUUCGGAUACGGGCUCUCAUACACUAAAUUCCAAUUUGCCAAUCUCCGUGUCACGCCAGUCCUCCCGAAAUCCAGCCUUCCUGCCCCCCGACCAACUGGAAUCGCUCCACCAAAAUUCGAAGAUGUUAUCCCGGAUGCUAGCGAAGCUUUACUUCCAAAGGGGUUCAGAAAACUAAAGAAAUUUGUAUAUCCUUACAUUGAUAAGCUCUCCGACAUCAAGAAAGGAAAGUACCCCUACCCCGAAGGGUACGAUAUCCAACAGCCUCCUUCCCAAGCUGGUGGCGAUGAGGGUGGAAACCCCGACUUAUGGAAUGUUUACGCCAAUGUAUCCGUCGACCUCACGAACGUGGGCCCACGUGGAGGAAAAGAAGUCGCCCAACUCUACCUCAGCUUCGCCGAUUUGCAAGGCGAGGCAAAGCAUGUAGAUUUUCCACUCAAGGUGUUAAGGGGAUUCGAGAAGGUGUAUCUAGAGCCGAAUGAGACGCAGACGGUGCAUUUCAAUCUUACGAGACGCGAUUUCAGUUAUUGGGAUGUUGUGCAGCAGAAUUGGGUCAUGCCGACUGAAGGUAGCUUCACUAUCCGAGUGGGCACAAGCUCCCGAGACUUGAGGCUUACGGGGUGGUAUUGA